AUCUUUGUCAAUCCAUUUAAUUGCAUUGUUUAAUAGUUUUUGUUACAUUUUUGUGGAGUUAUUAUUUAUAUCAUUAUGUUUCAAUUGUUAAGUGACAUAUUCACUCUAACUUUCUGGCAACACUAGAGGAAUUGUUGAAAAGGCGCAUUUAGAAAGGAACGAGUGCAGUGUUUUGUGAACAGCUCUUAUAAUAAAUUGGAAAGAUGGUGCAUUUAAGUGUAUUAAAUAAAGCAACAAGAUUGCAAAGGAUGCUUAUGCCUUUAAGUGCUCACUGCUCCAUUGUCGCCUGCAGCGCUGAUGCCUCCACAUUGCUAAUCCAGCGAUAUCGUGCGCAUUCGCAGCUAAACCAAUGUAGCAGUUAUAUGUCACUUGUACUCGCCGCUCCUACACAUUUUUCGCACACAACAACCACCACUUCAAUUCUUCACGUAAAUGCCACACGCUUCAAGUCCACCACAUCCAUUAGCAACGUUGACAGCUCGGAAUCCAUAGACAAGUUUCGCGAACGUGAAGAGCAGAGAGAGCGUGAAUAUGAAGAAAAGAAAUCACCUGAGGAGGCGCAGGCAGAGGAUGAGGCAAAACGUGCAAAAAUAGAUGCCAUACGGGCUCAAAUCCUAGAAGCAGCCCUACCACAUGUACCUACACUAGGUUGGACGCGUAAUGCCAUUGCGAAAGGCGCUGAAGAAGCUGGCUUCCCCAGCGUGGUGCACGGUAUGUUCCCUGAUGGCGGAUAUGCGCUUGUCGCCUACUUUUAUGGCAAAUGCAAUGAUGAAGUUGUACGCCGCUUACAGGAGGAGACACAAAACGGCAAGUUGGCCGUUGGUGAUCCAUUGGACUUUUUGGUACGCGCUGUGCGCACUCGGCUAGAAAUGGUUAUCCCAUACAAGGCACAAUGGUCACAAGCAUUAGCGCUGAUAGCGUUGCCACAGAAUGCCGCCACUUCGUUAGCUCAGGUUUUGACGCUGGUCGAUGAUAUUUGUUAUUAUGCUGGCGAUCGGUCUGUAGAUUUUGGCUGGUACACACGUCGCAUUGGCUUAGCUACAAUUAUGAAAAUGACAGAACUGUUUAUGCUGCAGGACAGCUCAGCAGACCACGGAAACACUUGGGAGUUCCUAAGGAAUCGUAUGGACGAGGCGGUGCAAAUACAAUCAAUACUCUCUGAAACUGAGGGAAUGACUCACAGUUUUACACGUUCGUUUAAUUCGGCUUUUAUAACGGCACGCAAUAUAUUGGGCGUCGAUUACAGGCGUAGGUAAAGCUCGGACACGAAAUUGAAGAUUCCAAAUUUGUAGGUUGACAACAUAACAGAGGUUUAAUGUAUGCAGAGCACAUGGAAAUAGUCAUAUAAUUUAGCUGUUAAACAAUUUGUUAAUAAUAAUUUUUUUUUAUUAACAUCAAAGUCAUAAAACCAGUGAUAAACUGUUUUCUUUAUUAAUGUGAAAAGAAAUUUCCUAAAUUACUUAGCGUUAAGUAUUAAACAUAGAUAUAACAUUAUUUAGCUUUUCGCUAAUGAGCUGAUACCAAAUUACUUGUAGUUAUACAUAUGUAGAUAUUUAUUUUUAAUUAUGGUUUUAGUUUAUUUUGUUUGUAUGAUUGUUUCGAUGUGUGCAUUAACGUAAAUUUCGUGAAAUUCACAACCAUUUGCCAUAUGUUUAUUUUGCGAUUACUGCAAUAACGAUGUUUGCACUUGCACCGAUCCAGCAACAAAACUAUAUAAAACUUUACCCACCUAACAAUGUGUAAAUUAAACGCCGUAGAAGCUUAAUUGCACAAAGCCUAUUGUUUAUAUAUUAUCUCGAAAUUCAGAAUUAUUAAACUACUACCGGCACGUACAAGAAAUGAAAGCAACUUAAAGAGACUAUGUGGAACUUAAGUGCUUCAAUAUUCAAAGUUUAUGUCGUUAUGGAUUAUUUGUGUGUACAUAGAUGUUAUAUAACAGAAUUUUACAAGAAAUAAAAAUAAAACAAUGAAAAAACAGAUAUACUGCUUAAA